AUGAAGAAACUGCUAUUCUCAAUUCCUCUCUGCGCAGGAGCAACAGCAGCCUACUUAGCAUAUCCCAUAUCUCAUGAAGAGCCCGCAGGUCCUCCUUAUCAGCUUCUUCCUAAAGCUUCAUACCAUGAUCACCCAAAUAAACACUUCUUAACCAAAAUUCCGAAAAAAAUCGGAGUGGUCGGCGGAGGUAUCGCUGGAGCUAUUGUAGCUAAAACUCUUACCCAGCAAGGCUACGAAGUAGAAGUCCUCGAGCAAAACUCAGGCGCUGGAGGGUUGUGAUGGAAAAACUACGAUGGGUGCGGUCUUCAACUCCCAUAUCCCCAUUACAAUCUCCCAGAUUUUGAGUUUCCAGAAGGCACAGAAGAGCUACCAAGGCUCGAAAAAGUGAAAAAGUUUGUAGAAGACUAUAUGACUACCUUCAACCUGUGGCCGCUUUUUAAAUUCAACACAGAAGUUGUUGAGAUUUCUCAAAAGCCUGAUGAAUCUUGGUCAGUGAAGACAAAAAAAGGAGAAAAAAAGGACUAUGAUUUUCUUGUUCUGUGCACUGGGCCUUAUAAUAAGCCUCAUAUGCCCAAUUUGCCUGGAAAAGAAAAUUUUAAAGGGAGGGUGAUACACAAUGCAGAAUUUAUAAAUGCAAAAGAAUGGUGCCAAGGAAAGAAAGUAGUGAUUAUUGGGAGCGGAAAAAGUGCUUUUGACGUCCUAGGACAGGCUUAUAAGUAUGGAGCGCAGCCUACAAUAGUCAUGAGAAAAGCUCACCAUUUUACUCCAAUAGACCAAAAGUUCCAUGGAAUCCCAUUUGGAUACUUGUCUUCGAGCAGAUUUGGAUUUUUAUUCCAAUACCCAUUUUAUUGCGAAAAAUCAUUUAUUAAUAAGUACUUUAAGUGGCUUGGUGACGCUUACUGGAAAGUGCUUGAAAAUGCACUUAAUGAAGACUUGCCAAGUGAAUUAGUCCCUACUACUGCUUAUAAGAAUGAAAAAUUUUUCAGAGGAGGUAGCAGAGAACGAGAUAUUUUUAAUGAAAUCAAGAAAGGAAACCUUAAAGUCGUUAGAGGUGCAGUAGAAGGUCUUGCUGAGAAUGGAGUUAUUGUAGGUGGAAAACUAAUUGAAGCUGACCUAGUUGUUUGUGCAACAGGCUACGAUAGAAACUACUUUGGCCUGCCAGCAGAAAAUGACGGUCUCUGGAUGUAUAGAAACACCCUUAUCCCAGAUAAGAAAAAUUUUGCAGUUGUUGGGAUCACAAAUACCUACUGCAACCCUCUCUAUACAAAUAUGCAGACAGUCUGGCUAGCUGAAGUCCUUAGAGGAAGAGUCAACUUGCCAGGAUACCCUAAGAUGAUCGAUGAUAUCAAACAGAGAAGAGACUACACAAGAACAGUUAUAAAUGGUGAAGACACGAUAAGUUUCAGCUGAUUCUCAUAUCCUACAAUAGACCAAUUUGUCAGAGAUAUGGGCUUGGAGACUAAAAGAAAGCCAAAUAACUUCUCAUUCUGGUUCGAGCCUAUAAAGCCAAGCGACUACAAGAGUGUGGUUACUCAUAGGGUUUAA